GCCUGGUGUGGGGAGCCGGAGGCGACGUGUGAGCCGGUGCGCAAGCGCAGUGGCCCGGUGAUAGACAGUGUGUUUCCAAAAUGGCGGCAGCGAUGGAUGUGGAUACCCCCAGCGGCACCAACAGCGGCGCGGGCAAGAAGCGCUUUGAAGUGAAAAAGUGGAAUGCAGUAGCCCUCUGGGCCUGGGAUAUUGUGGUUGAUAACUGUGCCAUCUGCAGGAACCACAUUAUGGAUCUUUGCAUUGAAUGUCAGGCCAACCAGGCGUCUGCUACUUCCGAAGAGUGUACUGUUGCGUGGGGAGUCUGUAAUCAUGCUUUUCAUUUCCACUGCAUCUCCCGAUGGCUCAAAACAAGGCAGGUGUGUCCCUUGGACAACAGAGAGUGGGAAUUCCAAAAGUAUGGGCACUAGAAAUGACUCUCCCUAAAGCUCACCCAUUUGUUACUGAUAUAGUGACUUACCUUCCCGUUAAUUAUAAAUUAGAUAGAACCGUGUUUUUUUUCUUUCCUUUGCUUUUGGAGUUUGCUGUUCCCACAGCCAUAUUGUAUUUUGUGUCAAAUAAAGCCGUUAAGUUCAAGAAUGGUUACUGUCUCAUAUGUGUGGAGUGACCUGAGAAGGGGCCUCUUCAAUGCCAGAAACAACCCCAAAAAGUGCAGUCAUCACCAGAACGGAGGUGUCCUGCGGGUGCAUCAUCACAAGGUCACAGGAACCUGUAAAGGCUGGAAUUGGGGGUCACUCGCACCCGGAAACACCGAGGGCUCUGUCUUCCUUCUGAGAUAGCACCAGGCAGCUGAAUGAAGAAGGACAUGGGACUCAGCCCACAGCCUCAGUGGUGGUCUUGGACCAACCAGGUCUGCUCUGGGCCUUCGUCUCAUGAGGGAGCCUAAGAAUGAGCAAAUGGGCUUGGUAAACUGAAACACUACAGGGUCAGUGCUGGUUAUGUACAGCAUGUUGCAUUCUCUAUUUUGGAACAAAACUUAAAAAAAUCCUACUAUGUAAUCUUGGCUGGUAAUAUUGUGAAUUUUAAACUCAAGUUAAAAACUGAUGUUUUGACAGUUUGAGUAUAUGCCUGUAAUCCCAGGUACUUGGGAGCCAAGAAAAAGGAUCCCUGGAGUCCAGGAGACUUUGUUUCCAAAACAAAUUCCAGUUUGUGGGCUUGGGAGGUGGGGGGUAUUGCUCAACAGUAUGUGUGGCCAAGGCCCUGGGUUUAAUUGAUGGCCUAAAUAAGUAAUGUUCAAAUUGUGUUAAGUUUCCUUUAAACACACUGGCCAUGGAAGUAGUUGUCAUUCUGAUGCUGUCAGGGGCUGUAGUCUCUACUGAGAAACGGUUUUGUUGCUGUGGUUCUACAGGGGUUCUGAAAUCCUUCCUUCCGUGCAGUUCCCGGUGAAAGCAUUCUUCAUUUACUUCAAAGCAGAUCUCAGACUCCAGCUGCCUUCUCUUGUCAGAAAAAGGCUGCACAAAUGUGAAACAAUGCUGUCAUUUUGUUUUCAAAAUUAAUUUUAAUAAAAAUAUUUAUGUUAA